GAUUCUCUCUGAUAUUUUUAAGGUAAAGCAGGGAAGAGGAAGGAGACACUUCACUCUCCUCACCUCGUUUCCUUUUACUUUUCUCUUCUGUCCCUUAUCUCCAGCCGCCACAAACGAUUCAUUGAGAGGGUCAUGGAUCCUCCCCAGCUAACGGGGUUUGUCAUAAUCACUCUCCCACCUGCAGAUGACCCAUCUAAAGGUAAAACCAUUACUGCUUUUACCUUGUCUGAUUCUCCUUCCUCAAUACUUCAGCAACAACCCCAGUUUCAACAUCAACAACAACAACAACAGCAACUACAGUAUCUCCCCUCUCGAUCUCCACCUGACCCUGAACGCAAUUUCUUCGGUUUCAGAAGAAGAGCACUCUUUUCCAUACCUAGAAUAGUUUUGGGUUUUCUGGGUAUCACUCUGUUAGCGUGCUUCUUGUGGAGUUCUGUUUAUUCGGAUACCUUUCUCGAACUUCGAGGUCGCCAAGAUGAUCGGAAAGUCAACUCUUUUCUCUUCACUUUGUAUCCUAAAAAGAGUGUCCGGCAUUUGUUUCACCGAGAUGUUGAGCUUAAAUUGGGGAGAUUUGUGCAGAGAGAUGCAGAGGAUACACUGCUCAUGAUCGGUGCUAGAUUGAAACAGCAGCAAAGUAACAAAUUACUUUCUUCUUCUGUCGCAUCGGUUGAUCCAUCCACCAUUUUUCCUAUCAGGGGGAAUAUGUAUCCAGAUGGGCUGUAUUACGCGUUAGUACUUGUUGGAAAUCCACCAAGACCUUACUAUCUGGACAUGGAUACUGGGAGUGACUUGACAUGGAUACAAUGUGAUGCCCCGUGCGUUAGCUGCGCCAAGGGACCACAUCCGUAUUACAAGCCUGCUAAAGGGAAUAUAGUGCCUCACCAGGAUUCAUUAUGCACAGAAGUUCAAACUAGUCAGAAUCAUGAACAGUGUGAAUCUUGCCAACAAUGUGACUAUGAGAUAGAAUAUGCAGAUCGUAGUUCCUCAAUGGGUGUUCUUGCUAAGGACGAGCUGCAGCUUAUGAUCGCAAAUGGCACAGAAAUGCAGUCAAAUUUUGUUUUUGGGUGUGCAUAUGAUCAACAAGGCCAACUUUCAGCCUCUCCUGCGGAUACUGAUGGAAUACUUGGACUUGGCAGAGCUAAGAUUAGCCUACCUUCUCAAUUGGCAAGUCAAGGGAUCAUCCAUAAUGUGGUAGGCCAUUGUAUAAGAAGUGAUGUUGAUGGUGGUGGAUAUAUGUUUUUGGGGGAUGACUUUGUACCUCGAUGGGGUAUGACAUGGGUCCCAAUGCUAAACAGACCUUCCAUAAACUUCUAUCAUAGUGAAAUAGUGAAAAUAAGUUAUGGAAGUGCACAACUCAGUUUAGGUGGACCAGACAACAGCAUAGCCCGAAUAGCUUUUGACAGUGGCAGUUCCUAUACAUAUUUCACAAAAGAAGCAUAUUCCGGUCUAGUUGCAUCUUUUAAAGAUUUUUCCACUGACGGACUCAUUCGAGAUGAAUCAGAUUCAACAUUGCCAAUAUGCUGGCGGCCAAAGUUCCAAAUCAGAUCUGUUAAGGAUGUGAAGCGGUUCUUCAAGCCCUUAAACCUUCAAUUUGGGAGUGGAUGGUGGAUUGUCUCCACGAAGCUGUCGAUUCCCCCUGAGGGAUACUUAGUCAUAAGUGAUAAAGGCAAUGUGUGCUUGGGAGUCCUUGAUGGAAGUGAGGUACAUGAUGGGUCCACAAUUAUACUAGGAGAUAUUUCAUUGCGUGGACAGUUGAUUGUAUAUGAUAACAUUAAUCAAAAAAUUGGGUGGAUCCAAUCAGAUUGUGUAAAGGCAAAGCGACUUAAGAGUUUCCCUUUUUUCUGAGUGGAAAAUGUCUAGACACAAAUAUUGUAGGAGCAGCUAAUAAGGAUGGUCCACUCAGAUUACUUCAUAUAUACCUAAAACCUACUAUAGUAGGCAAUACUAUAUUUCUAUAAAAUUAUGUGUAUAAUACCAUCUGGAGGCAAUAUGGAACAAAUAAUUUCUACAGGAGUAGGAUCAAAUAUGGAUUUCUUUUGUACAUAACAUAUCAGUGUUAUUCUGGUUGAGAUCUUUUGUAGUUUUGUAAUGUAUGUUUUCUCUUAUUCUCCAGUUGAACCUGCUUUGGUCCCAAUAUUGAUAUUUUCUGCAGUUUUAUGUA